AUGCCGAACAAUAACAACAACGCAAUGCAUUUAUAUCACGUUUCCGGUGCUUCCACUGCCAACAACUUUUUUCAAAUUCAACGUAUAAUAGAAAAAUACUUUGAAAACAACAAAAGUGAAAAUAACAUUUCCACCGAGACUCUUCCAUUUCUCAAGCAUUUCAAUAAUAUUGUAGAUUUGGUUACUUUUAUAUAUAAAAAAAGAUUGGAAAACGAUUUGAGUUAUGAAAAACACACAACUUUAAUUAUUUAUGAUGUUGACCAGCCCAAAGGCAACGAUACAGAGACAAAUGAUCUAAACUCUUUAAAUUUCCACGAUUUUAAACUAUUGUUUGAUAAUUUUUUUGGUGUUUUACAAUUUAGUGUGGUCCAAUACCAUUCCAUCCUUGAUAAUAAUUACCAACUUUUAAAUGACUUCAUACACAGUGACUUAAGCAUUUACAAGCCUAUUUUAUCCAAUAGAUUAAAUAGAAUAGAUCAUUGGUGCUAUACUAAAGACACCAAAAAUUCGUAUGGAUGUACUAAUUGUAUCUAUUCAAUGUACAAUCAUUUGCUUAAGUCCAUGGAAAUAUCCAAUGACACCACACCUGCUUCUUUGAAAUUACAGAAAAUCUACCAACUAAUUUACACUAACAUAAAUUUCAAGGAAGUUUUAUUAAACCUCUUUUUUAAUAAGACCAGAAAUUCUACCAAUUUGCUAAACGAUUUGACUUCGAAAGUAAAUACGUGGGACUUUAAUGCUUUGGCUUACACCUUAAAAGAAUUAGUUGUAAUAAGUUAUAUAUUGUUGGCCGAUGUAAUGAGUUCAAAUGGAUUAUUGAGUGAUAAUGGCAAUAGCAGCAACAGAUUGUUGGGUUUCAUUUUCAUUACCGAAUCUUUGUAUCAUCAAGGCAACAAGUUCCAUAACUUUAAACACGGUGUGGAUGUUUUACAGGCAACCUAUUGGUUAUGCAAAUGCUUGAACAAUUUUAUUACACCAAUUGAUAAGCUAUUGGUUUGUAUUUCUGCUAUAGGACAUGAUGUUGGACAUCCAGGCACUAAUAAUAUGCUACUAAACGAUAAAAUUUGUCCCAUCUCUAAAGAGUUUUACCACAAUAACAGUGUUUUGGAAAAUUUCCACUCAGAGAUAUAUAUCAAAUUAAUAAAUAUUUCACAAGUCUUAAACAACAAAAAUCUGUUAUCUCAACUGGAGAGCGAUGAUUUGAUUCAAAAAAUCAUCUUGGCGACAGAUAUGGCCAAGCAUGGAGACUUUGUUAAAUACAUUGAUUGCUCACAAAAGGAAACCAAUUCCUCUAUUUUGAAAGAAUUGAUCAUUAAGGCAGCUGAUAUUUCUAACGUUACUAGGCCUUUGUGUGUAUCUGUCAAAUGGGGUGUGUUAAUUGUUUAUGAAUUUAACGAAUGCAACAAAUUGAAAGAAAACAAUGAUAAUAAAGAUAUUAAAACAACACAACUUGAUGAAAAUAAACGCCAGAAACGUGAAGAUUAUGAUACGGAAUUCAUUAUGCCAUCCAGUGUGGAAGAAUGUGUGCAAAAAUAUCCUGGGUUGCCUGCAGGGCAAUUGUUUUUCAUUAACACUUUUGCAUUGGAAUUAUUUGAGAAAUUGAGUGACAAGUUUGAAAAUGAAUUACAUUUCUUGUUAGAAAAUAUAUUAUCAAAUAAAAGAUAUUGGGAAUCACGUACAUGA